AUGCCUAUUAAAGAGCUCGAUACACCUUAUCCAGUUAUUGAUACAGAUCCUCAUUUCCGUCGUGUUGUUCGAUACAUGAGACCAACUGACUAUGCAGCAUGGGCGGCUGGUACUGCAGCAGCUCCUGCUUUAUUAUAUGGAAUGGAGAAAAUGGAUCCUGCUGGGCCCAUUCGUAACUUACGUGUCCCUCUUAAAAUUGCCACCGUCAUUGGUGCAUUUGGUGGUUUCUUGUUAGCUUAUCAAAAUAGUAGUCUCCGUUUCUGGGGUUGGAAAGAAAAUGCCGUCGAAGUUGAGAAAGAUAAGGCUGAAAUGUCUCAACUGAUUGCAGAAGGAAAACGUAUUUAUGGUGAGAGUUAUAUGCCUGAACAUAUUCAGGACACUGCUGCAAGAGUUUCGAGAUUUUCACAAUUGAAAUUUGGUAUUAUGCCAUGGUUUAACUUCAGUAAUCACAGCAAUCAUGGUGUCGAUCUUUCAAAAUAUGCAACCACCACCAAAAAUGAGUAG